UGCGCUAGCGACGCUUAGUUGUAGUUGAGUUCUCACUGGAGUCACAUCGUAUCAGCAGACGAUCGUGUGACUUGCUGUGAUCUGUCUGUGUAAAGGUUCGUUCCGCCUCUGGAAGAGAGGGUACAAAUUGCUCCCUAAAAUGCAUCUUCUCCCGCUGGUAUGUCUUGUUGCUGCCACCGCCCUGCCUACGACGCUUGGUUCACGGAUCCUUUCCGUGAAUGUGUUCCCGGGGCGUAGCCACUGGAUGAUGAUCAGUAGCAUCCUGGAGGAGCUACUCGAUCGGGGCCAUGAGGUGACCGUCAUCACCAACUAUCCGAGGAAAAGUGCACACCCAAACCUUACCGAGAUUGUGAUCUCGCCGAUCUACGACUUUUGGGGCAAAUCGGUUAAGGUGGACUCGCUGUACGAUCUUACCGACAUCUCGGUGCACCAGAUGCUGAUGGACUUUCUGUAUCCGCUGGGUCUUCAAACGGCCGAGUAUGCGUUCACUCGGGACAAUGUGAUGGAGUUUCUGCGUAAUGAUAAGACGCAGUUCGAUCUGCUGCUUGCGGAACAGUUCUAUCAGGAAGCGUACCUGAUGCUGGCACACAAGUAUAAAGUGCCGAUCGUGUCCAUAGGUACGUUCGGGUUCGCACAGUACAUGGGCCCAAUGAUGGGUUUGAUGAACGCGUGGUCACACGUUCCGCACGAGUUUCUACCCUUCACCGACCACAUGUCACUCUAUGAACGGGCUUACAACUCCUUCGUCAGUUCGUACGAGCUCCUGCUUCGCUCCUGGUACUAUCUUCCCGAGCAGCAAGCAAUGGCGGACAAGUAUUUCUCAUUUCUGCCCGGUCCACUGCCCCGGCUGAGCGAUCUGGAACGUCAAGUGUCGGUCAUUCUGCUCAACAGCUAUCCACCCCUUACGUCGACCCGUGCCAAAGUGCCCGGCUUGGUGCAGGUCGGUGGUUUACACAUCAAACCGCCCAAACGUCUUCCGGACGAUCUGCAAACGUUCAUCGACGGUGCAACGGAUGGCGUGAUCUAUUUCAGUCUCGGCACAAACCUCCGCUCAGCGGACAUGCCACCGGAGAAGCUGUCCAUCAUACUGAAGGUGUUUGGUGCGCUGAAGCAACGGGUCGUGUGGAAGUUUGAGGAUGAGCGCAUUCGCAACCUGCCCCCGAACGUGCUCGUGCGCAGCUGGUUGCCCCAGAGCGACAUACUGGGCCAUCGCAAUGUGAAGGUGUUUAUUACGCACGGUGGGCUGUUGGGCACGCAGGAAGGUGUGCAUCGGGCGGUGCCGAUGGUCGGUAUACCGAUCUACUGCGAUCAGCACCUGAACAUGAACAAGGCCACGCUGGGCGGGUACGCGGUGAAGCUGUACUUCCCCAACAUUACGGAGGAAUCGUUCCGCUGGGCGCUGGAGGAGGUGCUGUACAAUCCGAGCUACAAGAAGAACGUGGACAAGGUUUCGCAGAUCUUCCGCGAUCGGCCAGUGCCGGCGCUGGAGGAGUCCGUGUACUGGAUAGAGUAUGUGAUGCGGUACAAGGGGGCACCACAGCUGCGAUCGGCCGGGUUGGAUCUUCCGUGGGUUAGCUUCGCGUUGCUUGAUGUGGUUGGAUUGCUGGUGAUUGGGUUGAUCGGAGGAGUGCUUUUGGUACGCCGGGCUGUAUCGAAUUUGCUCGGCGGAAAGCGUAAAAGUAAGCGAAAAAAUGAAUAAUUAAAUGGAAAAGAGAAAGAGAGAG